GCGCGGCGAUGCGGUGAUUUGCUUCAAGAGCUGGAAUUGGCGCUGACCGCGCAGAACUGUUUGGCGCCGGGCUCAUCAACACUCCUCUCCAAUCUCAUACGCGCUUUUCAUGGCGCCGUGGAACUGAAGGAUGCCCCACAGGAAAUGCAUGAUUAUCUGCAGGGCUGCCACAUGGAACUGCAUUCCGGCCCGUUCACAGCAGCUUGUCAUGGAAUGACCUUUUUCCAAGCCGCCGAGUUCUGCUACUCGAAACUGAAUGUGGUGCUCAUUGGAACUUUCUCGCCGGCGAGAACGGCGCAGAACGGCACACAAAACGGUCCCCUGUUGUGUAAUGCUAACGUCCGUAUUGAAGGAGGCUGUAUCGGGAUAUUCUUGGCACGAUCUGCCAUUCAUGCAAGAAGAGUGCAUUGGUACUGCCAGUCAUGCCACGAAAAGUUACCGGAUAUUACUCAGCUGGCACCUUGCAACUGUGAAAAUGGCGUACGAGUGAAACAACUGGACCAGGUUUCGUACCGUCAUCUGUGGGAUCACUCGCACCAGGACGUCAACAAUGCUGUGCCGAAAUACAGUAAAACACGUCGGCAGCCACUGGGAUGGGAGGAUGCACUUAUGCACAAAAUUCGAAGUGAUGCUACAGUGGAGGAAAAUUAUUCGCAGCCGAGCAGCAGCCCUCCUACUAAUCCACGGCAUGCGAAGUUUAUGCGCAAGGAAUCUGUGCAUGCCAACACACAAAUUUGUUUGGAUGUUUCUCGUAACUUUUACUGGUGUGAAAGUCGGCCCUUUGCGUCGGUACUUUUGGACCGUCGCAUGGCAUUAGAUUAUCCGUUAAGCGGUCAUAUCGUUGUCUUGAUUUCCUCCCAUCCUGAUGAUCCACCCAUGGGACUGCGGGAUUUCGUGGUGCCCAUGCGCAGCAGUCGGAUUCCGUACGACGAAGUCAAGGAAAUCGUUCUGCUGGGCAAUGCGGAAUACCUGCACCGUGAAUGGCCGCAACUGCGCAAUUUGCCGCUGGUGACCGUCGUCGAUGGGGAUCCGCUGAAUCGCGCCGAUCUGCGAGCGGUCUCCAUCAAGACAGCUUCGGUCUGUGUGGUGUUGUCAGCCUGGACCGGGAAAUCGGUGGAUCCAGUGUUGGAUGAUAAGACCGCGGUUCUCACAACGUUAAACGUCCGCGCGAUGCCCUUUGACCAUCCGGAAGGGAUGGAUGCGCAUUUCGAACUGCCCAUUGUUACCGCGCUUCAGCACAAUCGCAAUGUACGAUUAUUGAGCGAAGACGCUUCAUCGGAAGUGGAGGUGAGGGAAUCCUUCAUGAUGGAACCGUUCAUGUGUGGACAAACAGUGACCAUUUCGGCGCUGUACUCCUUGAUCAGCACGAGCUAUUUUACGCCGCUGGCUGUACCGGUGGUAGAGCAUCUGCUAUACGGUUUCCAGAGUCCGGUAAUGGAAAGUUAUUUGGCCGAAGGGGUGGGAUUAAUGGGAGGCGAUGAAUACAAUCCGGACGAGCUUUCACCGUACAAUAUUCGCGUGCGGCUUAUCACCGUUAGGGAUGGUCCGUGGACGCAAUCACACACUCUCAACACUAGCACCACCAAUCUGUCGUAUGGAGAGUUAUUCGUACAUGCACUACACUCUUCAAUGGUCUGCCUGGGGAUCUCAAGAAUGUUCCAACCAGAAAAUGCCACAACCGCACCAAAACGAAUUAUUAUCAGCAAUCCACCCAGACAAACAGUGCUGCGCUGGGAUGAUCAAGUUUAUGUGCUCACGAAAUAAAACCAAAUGAAAAUGUGAAUUUUUUUAUCGCUAGAUACUUCUAUUUAUAUAUCAUUAAAUUAUGGGCUUUUAGUGGUGCCUCAGAUUUAUCUUUUAAAAAUUUUUAUAUCGCGUGUUUAAACACUGUAUAAAUUACAAUACACUUUACUGAUGCUGUAUUUCGAAAUACUGCAGAAGCAUUUUCGGAUCGCCGUUGUCGUUUAGAAGUGUAAGAUUAGUGCUAAUUAAUGUGCACGUAGGAAGUAACUGACACUGCGCAAGCUGUUGCGAAUAGACAGGCAAAA